ACCGGAACCGGUCACCCACCGCCGCCCGCUAGCAGAGGUUCCUGCGGCCCCGAUCUCCCCGCACACACACACACCUCGCCGACAUGGGCGACCUGGAGCUGCUGCUGCCCGGGGAGGCUGACGUUCUGGUGCGGGGUCUGCGCAGCUUCCAGCUGCGGGAGAUGGGCUCCGAAGAGUGGAGCCAGCAGCACGAGCACCUGGAGAAGCUGAACAUGCAAGCCAUCCUGGACGCCACGGCCAGCCAGGGAGAGCCCAUCCAGGAGCUGCUGGUCACCCACGGCAAGACCCCGACGUUGGUGGAAGAGCUGAUUGCAGUGGAGAUGUGGAAGCAGAAGGUGUUCCCUGUGCUGUGCAAGCUGGAGGACUUCAAGCCCCAGAACACAUUCCCCAUAUACAUGGUGGUACACCAUGAGGCCUCUAUCAUCAACCUCCUAGAGACAGUGUUCUUCCACAAGGAAGUGUGCGAGUCAGCAGAGGACACUAUCUUGGACCUGGUGGACUACUGCCACCGCAAACUGACACUGCUGGUGGCCCGGACUAGCCGUGGAGUCCCCUCUGAAGAAGAGGAAUCCCAGGACAGUACCCCGAUGCAGGAGCUGCAGAAGCAGGCAGAGCUGAUGGAGUUUGAGAUUUCCCUGAAAGCUCUCUCGGUGCUGCGCUACAUCACAGACUGUGUGGACAGCCUUGCCUUGAACACCUUGAGCCGCAUGCUCAACACUCACAAUCUGCCCUGCCUCCUGGUGGAACUGCUACAACACAGUCCCUGGACCCGGCAGGAAGAAGGCACGCUGCAACGAUUUGAGGGGGGCCGCUGGCAGACAGUGGUCCCCUUGGAGCAGCAAAAGCUGAGCAAGCUGGAUGGGCAAGUAUGGAUCGCCCUGUACAACCUGCUGCUGUGCCCGGAGGCUCAGGCCCGCUACUGCUUCACAAGCUUUGCUAAGGGGCAGCUGCUCAAGCUCCGGGCCUUGCUCACAGACACGCUACUUGAUCAGUUGCCCAACCUGGCAGACCUCAAGGAUUUCCUGGCCCACCUGGCACUGGCAGAAACCCAGACCCCCAAGAAGGACCUGGUAUUGGAACAGAUCCCAGAAAUCUGGGAACGGCUGGAACGAGAAAACAAAGGCAAGUGGCAGGCGAUUGCCAAGCACCAGCUUCAGCAUGUGUUCAGCCCGUCCGAGCAGGACCUGCGGCUGCAGGCACGAAGGUGGGCUGAGACCUACAGGCUGGACUUGCUGGAGGCCGUGGCUCCCGAGAGGCCGCGCUGUGCCUCCUGCAACUCAGAGGCCUCCAAGCGCUGCUCAAGAUGCCAGAAUGAGUGGUACUGCUGCAGGGAGUGCCAGGUCAAGCACUGGGAGAAGCAUAAGAAGGCUUGCGUCCUGGCCGUCCACGGUGACAGGGCCAAGUGAAGUCGGCAGCCGCCGAGAGCCAACCAAGGCAACCUUCCCCUAAGGCGCCCCGGAACCUCAGAACCUCGGUCUGCCCUGCCAGAGGCGGGUUCCUGGGCAGUUCGUACCGCGCAGGCCAGGUGGAGCUGCCGGCCCCUCUCCGAAGCCCUUCCUCCGGGAGGGGGGUCCUCCUCCCCCUUCGGGCGCCACCCGGUGGCGAGGUGGAGGGUGAGGGCGCGAAGCCCGGACCGGUGCGGGGAGAUCGGGGCGGGAUGCGGUGACCCUCUUUCCUCUAGCACAGUAAAAGCAACCCCCAGGA